AUAAACGUCGUAGUUUCGUGCUGCAAACAAAAACAAAUAACAACGGAAAACGAAACUGAAAAGUGUUUAGUUUGUGAACAAAACUGUGAGCAAUAACAAAAAAAAUCCUAUCCAGAGUGAUACGUGUUUUGCGAAUAAUCAAAAAACGAACAUUAUAGAGUUUGAUUAGUGAGAAGUGAAAAAUAAUAUAAAUCCAUCAAAAUGCAAGGAUUCCGUAACUACGGCAUAGAUGCAUUACAGCAUCGCGAUCAACCAAUCUCUGUGGAUUUACUUAGCUCACAUCAAUACAGCUCAAAAUCUUCUCCGCCGCUAUCUCCGCUCAGUGACUGUACCAGCCCACAAUCGGAAAGCAAUCAACAGCAGGCACCCCUAGACCCAUCGGUCCGUCGGUACAGAACAGCCUUUACACGUGAUCAGCUUGCCCGUCUAGAAAAAGAAUUCUACAAAGAGAAUUAUGUCUCUCGACCACGGCGAUGUGAGCUUGCCGCUCAACUGAACCUCCCAGAGUCAACAAUUAAGGUUUGGUUCCAAAACCGUCGCAUGAAAGACAAACGUCAACGAAUCGCCGUCGCUUGGCCAUACGCUGCUGUUUACUCUGACCCUGCCUUCGCAGCAUCAAUCCUGCAGGCCGCCGCCAACUCCGUCGGGAUGCCAUAUGGAUACCCACCGGCUCCGAUGCUACCUCAGAUGCCAGUGAUGGCUCCACAAAUGCAAACAACUGCUCCUAACAAUUUCUCGUACGGUUAUCGCUACGCACCUUACCCGAUUCCGCAAAGAAUGCCACCUCUGCAGACGACGCCAUAUCCUUCAGCUGCCGCUGCUGCCAUGUUGAGCACCAUACCUCAAGGAUACACACCGUUGUCCAUUCCCAAACCGCAUACACCUCCUCACGAUCUGCAGAGCCCAUCGUCACCACAUUCGGCUUUAUCACUCAGCCCUGGAUCGGACAAAUCGAGACUGGAUAUUUCCUCGUCCAUCUCCACAAGCACCAGCAGCCCGUUGAGAUCACUUGACGGGUCCACACAAGGCCUCCUUAUGACCACUCCGUCGUCAGUCAGCCACCCAGUGUUAACACCAUCGCCUGAAAAACCAAAGCUCUUCAAACCGUAUAAAUCGGAAGCGUAAUCACGUUCAAUCAGUUGUUGACUUGUAAAAGCGGGGCGGAUAUCACACACUGUUGCGCGUCGUGACUUGCGCAGUACCAUACAGAGCUUCCCGGAGAAUGGCGGAUAAGGCCAUUUUCGUUCAUCGAAUCGUACAGGCGGGCUCUUUUGUCCUCAGUAGUUUUUAGAAAUCGUAUUGAUAUCUUCCAAUAGUUUCAAGCGUAUUUAUAGAAUGUGUUUGCAUCAAAUGCAUUCUAGUGAUCAAAGAUUUUUAGGCAAAUUAUCAAAUCGAUAACGGAUUUCAGCCAGUUUUAUUUAAAU